AUGUAUCAUGCCAUUAAAGAAUGGGGUGGAACUCCUUUUGGCUUUAUUGAUGAUGUGACUAUUACCGUUGAAGGUAAAAUUGAAGAAAAUACCAAAAGCUUAAGCAACAUAUUAGAAAAAUGUUGUAAUUGGGCUAAAUCAAGAAUGACCAAAAUUGAUUUGGGUGACAAAUUGGGUUUUAUUCAUUUUACAAAAAAUGUGAAACCUAAAGAUGAGAAAGUGCAACUUACUUUACCUAAUGGAGAACUUCGUGAACCCCAGAAGGAAGUUAAAUUGCUUGGAAUUACUUUGAACAAUCUGCUUGAUUUUAAAUCUCAUAUUUUGAAUAAAAUCAAUAAAGCAAGAAAAGCUGUUGGUGCUAUUUGGCAUCUUGGUGGCGUGCAAAAAGGUAUGCGAGGGUCUGCAGUCAGAUCACUGUAUAUUGCUUGCGUGAGACCAAUUGUCGAAUAUGGCUUAGAAAUUUGGCAUCACAAAAUUUUGAAAGGAGAAAUCCACAAGUUGGAAGUAAUGCAGAAUAUGGCUUUAAGAAGAAUUGUUGGUGCUUAUCGCACAACUCCUAUUGCGGUACUACAAAAGGAAGCUGGUAUUAUGCCAUAUAGUAUUAGGCUAAAAUUUAUGGUGGCACGAAAAGCUAUUCGUUUACACCUAAAUAUUAGCAAAACUAAUCCUAUUAAUGGUCAUUUGUUAACAUUGAUUGAGAAAUCUCCAAUUGCAAAGCUAACCACGCUUUACAUGUUGGCGAAAGAUGAUAGAGACUAUAUGAUUAAAAUAGAUGAAAACGAAAAUGCAAGAGGGUUGAACCUCUUACACUGA